AUGGCCUCAAUAACAGAAGCCUCCCUCCGCGAGGCCAUCACCCAGCGCCUCGGCGCAAUCCACGUCGAAGUCACUGACAUGUCAGGUGGCUGCGGCCAAGCCUUCACCUCCCUCAUCGUCUCCCCCCAGUUCCAAGACCUCAAGUCCCUCAAGCGGCACCGCCUCGUCAACACCGCGCUCAAGGACGAAAUCGCCGCCAUCCAUGCCUGGACGGCCAAAUGCCAGACGCCCGCGGAGUGGGACAAGGAGAGGGAUACUGCGGCGCCGUCGCUGGAUGGUACAGUGGGAGGACAUGUCGAGGGGACGAAUCAAUAA